AUGGUCACUCCAGCGUGGAUCCACGCUGACCACUGGGCCCGUGUAGCCGGGAACCUCAUGGAGAAGCCCUGCAGUGUUUCAGGCAUCCUGCCAUCCUGGAAUCUGGCCCAAGGGGCACAAACCUGGGCACUGCAUUCCCCCAGGCUCACUCCAGAGCCCCGGAUUCCUGCCAUCACAUCCUGCACUCACGGAGCUGGGCCUCGGGAGGUGAGGCCGGGCCAGCCCCUGGGCUCGCGGGCCCCCUUCGGGGCGCGCUCCCGUUGUCCCGAGUCUGGAGCCUGGUCAUUCCUCACGCUAGAGUGCGAGCGCCUCGACUGCAGGGACCUGGGCAUUUGGCAGAGCUUUCUGUGCUGUGUGCCCAGCCCAGUGCUGGCGUCGGUGGGAGACACAGAUUUUGGCUGUGGAAGGGGGAAGCGUAGCAAGCAGACCCCUGCCAGCGCUGCAGAAACUUUGGAGACCACAAACCCGUCCUCCUUGAAAGAGUUCCUGAAGUCCAGGAACCUCGGCCUGUCAGCAGAAGACGCGGGCGCCGGCAGGGUGCACCGGAAGGAAGCCUCGCGGUGCAGGCUGGGAUUGAGCCACACGCUGCAGGCUGGGAUUCAGCCACGCGCGCUGGGGUGCGGCCGUUGCUCAGGGGCUGGCGACCUGCCGGAGGAGGACAAGGACAACGGUGGCUGGCGCAGACCCACUCUUCCAGGGUCUCGGCCAGCACGUCCGUCGCCCGGCGGCACGUACCUGUCCUCCUUCUCCGCCCCGUCGGAGCAGGCAGGGCCCGGGUCUCUGCCCGCGCGGACUCUGAGUGACCCUAACGCCGGGGUCUCCCCGACAUCACCAGCGGGGAGUCCCGGCAGGGCCUCUGAGGCUCAUGGAGAGUCCAGGGGAGACAGGCAUCUGCGGACGCUGCGGGCAAGUCAUGAAGCGGUGAGGGCGCUCGAGCGGAAACGAGAAGCCGAGAUGGUCAAGGAGGAAAGCGACUUCCUGGAAUCCGGGGAGCAGAACCUCGAGGCAGAAAAUAACGUCGUGAAGUUGAAACAGGAAGUAAACUUGCUGCGGGCACAGGCGACCGACUUCAAGUGGAAGAACGAAGCCCUCCGGUCAGGCCAGGGCGCCAGCCUGACGGUGGUGAUGCAGAACACGGACGUGGCCUUGCAGAACCUCUGCGAGGUCAUGAACAACGCUCACACAUCCAUAAAGCAACUCGUUUCCGUAGCCAAAAUGGUGCAUCGUGUGGCCCAAAUCCUUGAAUCCAUAGACCGGAUUUCAGAAAUUAAGGACGAGAGCCUUGCGACGCGGCUCCCGCCCAGGCUGGGUCGCCGCCCUUGCCCAGAACAAGGCCUCAUCACCGGCCCGCGGAGGAACGGCUGCCAACAGUCAGUCACACGCCAUUUUCUGACAGCUGCCGUGAGAUGCUGAUCACCUAUUGGAAGACAUUUUUGUAAAAGACAUUUCAAAAUUGCUAGACAUGAAAACUGCAGUUCUGUUUUUUGGCUGUUUUCAUGUAGAUGUUAUUUUCUAAAUAAAUUUCCUUCUCCCACUCCCAUUCCAGUUGACAACUUUGUUGUCCAAAUAAAUUCUAACGUUUACAACCCCUUAUCAAGCAGGGCAUCAUUCUUGCACUGAUUCUGCGUGUAUUAAAUUCCCAUAUACUCAGGUUUAUCUUAGGCUUUUCAUUUUGUUUCACUGCUCUGUCUGCUUGUUCAUGCGUUAGAACCUCAUGGUUGCCAAAACUGAGUAGUGCAUUCGUGUGUGCACACGCAUGCGUGCACACAAUGCUCCUUUUAGAGGUGAUUUUGAAGUCUGAUCCACAGAGUUUUUGUUAUGCUUCUGAAGUUUGUUCCUAGGUAUAUUCUCUCUUCUAUUGCUAUUAAACCUGUUUGUUUUUCCUUCACUUUCUGAUAGCUGUUUCACUUCUGUAAGCUAUUUUUCCCUUUAUGAACUUUGUACUCUGGUGUAUUACUGGUGCUUUCAGAUUUUACAGGUAUACAGGAGUGAUACCUAUAAAUAGUGAUAGUUAUAUAUCCUUCUUUCCUAUUUUUUGUAGCUGCAACUUUUUUCUCUUGUCUAAUUCUAUCAGCUUCUAGUAAGGCAAUAAAAAAACCACUGGUGUCUCUAGAAUAUUUCUGACUUUGGUAAGAAUGCUUUAGCAUUAAGUUUGGUUUAUCCUAAAUUUGGCCUUGAGGUAGGGUCAAGGAAACAUCUGCCUAUUGGUAAUGUGCUGAGUGGUUUAUCAAGAAUGGACAUGAGGUGAUGACUAAAGAACUUUCAGCAUGUAUGAAGUUACCAUUUUCAGAUUAAUAGGAUUUGUCAAUUUCUUCAAAUUGAACCAACUCUACAUACCCAGACUAUUUACUUAAAUAUAACGUGUUAUUGCUUCAAUAUGCUGCUGAAUGGUAUUUUCCAAAAUUUAGUUUAGGAUUUUAAUGUGAAUAUUCAUAAGAGAAAUAACUAAUUAUUUUGAAAUCUGGGGUUUUGGCUACCAGUGUAAUGUGCUUUG